CCUUCCACACAAGUUUUACUUUGUGGCCACAAUGUGCAUACUUUAUUUGAUUGUUACUUUCAUGACAUAGCAAAUUGUUUCUAUAGUCUUUAUAAAGGUCAUUUAAAAUGACAUGCGCAGUAAGUCAAAGUCUUCCUGUGCUAGGAAAUUUGAAAAAACAAAAGCGUAGAGAAAAAUACAAAAAUUACUGAAUCUGAACAUCUACAGAGAAGUGUUAGCAGCUGGUCUGUUUCCUUCCAAUCACAGACAGAUCAUAUCUAAUGGGUAAAGAACCUUCCAUACUGUCAACAGACCACACCGUCUUCUAAAAUCAAUUCAGCAGUGCGGAUCCUCUGGAAUAGAUCUUGUGAGUCCCGAGGUGGUAUUUUCCUCCCAGCGGCGAGCUAUGAGAAGUGGAAUCACCAGAUGUAGUCAUUCUGUAGACAGAACUGCCGCCUCCCUGCGUGGCUGGGAUGCUGACCUGGGUGGCAGGCCGGGGGCGCCGGAACCCAGCACGCACGCUAAGUCGGUCCGAGCUCCACUCUGCUCCUGUAAGAUACUAACAACCUGAGGUAGCUGUCCAGACUCAAGGCGGUAGUGAUUUUGUGUGUCCGCGUAUUUAUCGCGGGGUCCGCGGCGGGACCGCAGGGGCUGUGUCCGACGUCCCCACACCUCCAGCAGGGUCCGGAGCGAUGAACAUCUUCCAUCAACUUCACCUCCGGGCGCUCGGUCACUGGUUCUCACUUCAGCCCUCUUAGCCCCAUAGGUCGGCGCGUCCAAAACCUUUCUGGCACCCGGGGGUCUUUCCUAAGAAAAAGGCACAUCUCUCGCACAUUUAACUCUCCGUCUGCUCUUUAACUUCAGGCGCGCCAGGACCCGAGGUUCUUCCGAGCGGCAGCUCGGCUCCCGAGCCGGGCACUUCCCAGAGCAUUGGCGCGGCCUCCUGGCGCGGGGGACAGCCUCGGGAGGAUGGGACUCCGGGCGCCGCGCGCGGGCCGAGGACAGCCGGGCUGGGGAGGCCCUGCCCGCCGCCCCGCGUUCCCCCGGCCACGGCCACCGCGCGCAUCCGGAGCUGCCGCAGACCCGGCCCGGCCCAGAGCCCCACGCCCCCGGCCCGCCCCUAGCGGCCGCUUGUUUACUCCCCGGCGCAGCCUAGUCCGACCCUGGGGCCCGCCCCCGCCCACCGCCUAUUGGCCGAGGAAGCGCGAAGACCGGCAACGAUUGGCCCGGGAAGGCGCGGGGCGAGCGGGGUAGGCUGCGCGAGAGGCCGAGAGGGGGCGGCAGGCGAUGGCGGCGGCGGCAGCGGCGGCGGGUCUGUUAGGCUGGUUGUUCGCCGCGCUCUGCCUGGGCGACGCCGCGGGGGACGCCGCGCCGGGCCCGCGAGUGCUGGGCUUCUGUCUGGAGGAGGAUGGAACGGCGGGCGCGGGGUGGGUACGCGGAGGGGCGGCGCGGGACACGCCGGACGCCACCUUCCUCCUGCGCCUCUUCGGCCCGGGCUUCGCCAACAGCUCUUGGUCCUGGGUGGCCCCCGAGGGGGCGGGCUGCCGGGAGGAGGCGGCCGCCCCCGCGGGCGAGUGGCGGGCGCUGCUGCGCUUGCGCCUGCGGGCCGAGGCCGUGCGCCCGCACUCGGCGCUGCUGGCGGUGCGCGUGGAGCCGGGUGGCGGGGCGGCCGAGGAGGCGGCGCCUCCCUGGGCUCUGGGCCUGGGGGCGGCCGGGCUGCUGGCGCUGGCAGCGUUGGCGCGCGGCCUGCAGCUGAGCGCGCUGGCGCUGGCGCCGGCGGAGGUGCAGGUGCUGCGCGAGAGCGGCUCGGAGGCGGAGCGUGCGGCGGCGCGGCGCUUGGAGCCCGCGCGGCGCUGGGCCGGCUGCGCCUUGGGCGCGCUGCUGCUGCUGGCCAGCCUGGCGCAGGCGGCGCUGGCGGUGCUGCUGUACCGCGCGGCCGGCCAGCGUGCGGUGCCUGCUGUGCUGGGCAGCGCGGGGCUCGUGUUCCUGGUGGGCGAGGUGGUGCCGGCCGCCGUGAGCGGUCGCUGGACGCUGGUGCUGGCGCCGCGCGCGCUUGGCCUCAGCCGCCUGGCCGUCCUGCUCACUCUGCCCGUGGCGCUGCCCGUGGGGCAGCUGCUGGAGCUGGCAGCGCGGCCCGGGCGGCUGCGGGAACGGGUGCUGGAGCUGGCGCGCGGUGGUGGUGACCCCUACAGCGAUCUCAGCAAGGGCGUGCUGCGCUGCCGGACCGUGGAGGACGUGCUCACGCCCCUCGAAGACUGCUUCAUGCUGGACGCCAGCACCGUGCUGGACUUCGGCGUCCUGGCCAGCAUCAUGCAGAGCGGCCACACGCGCAUUCCCGUGUACGAGGAGGAGCGCUCCAACAUCGUGGACAUGCUCUACCUCAAGGACUUGGCCUUCGUGGAUCCCGAAGACUGCACGCCGCUCAGCACCAUCACUCGUUUCUACAACCAUCCGCUCCACUUCGUCUUCAACGACACCAAGCUGGACGCUGUCCUGGAGGAGUUCAAGCGAGGGAAGUCCCACCUGGCCAUCGUGCAGAAGGUGAACAACGAGGGUGAGGGCGACCCUUUCUACGAGGUCCUGGGCCUGGUCACCCUGGAGGACGUGAUCGAGGAGAUCAUCAGGUCCGAGAUCCUGGACGAGUCUGAAGACUACCGAGACACUGUGGUGAGGAGGAAGCCUGCUUCUCUGAUGGCCCCUCUCAAGCGGAAGGAGGAGUUCUCCUUGUUCAAGGUGUCUGAUGAUGAAUAUAAAGUAAAAAUCUCGCCUCAGCUGCUCUUGGCCACCCAGCGCUUCCUGUCCCGAGAAGUGGAUGUGUUCAGCCCACUGCGCGUCUCUGAGAAGGUCCUGCUGCACCUGCUGAAGCAUCCCAGCGUCAACCAGGAAGUGAGGUUUGACGAGAGCAACCGCCUGGCCGCGCACCACUACCUCUACCAGCGCAGCCAGCCGGUGGAUUACUUCAUUCUCAUCCUGCAGGGCAGGGUUGAAGUGGAGAUCGGGAAGGAGGGUCUGAAGUUCGAGAAUGGGGCUUUCACGUACUAUGGAGUGUCGGCGCUAACUGUGCCAUCCUCAGUUCACCAGUCCCCGGUGUCCUCGCUCCAGCCCAUCCGCCAUGACCUGCAGCCCGACCCAGGUGACAGCACUCGUUCAUCUGCCUAUUGUCCCGACUACACCGUGAGGGCGCUCUCUGACCUGCAGCUCAUCAAGGUUACGCGGCUGCAGUACCUCAACGCACUCCUGGCUACCCGAGCCCAGAACCUGCCACAGUCCCCUGAGAACACCGACCUGCAGGUUAUGCCAGGCAGCCAGACCAGGCUCCUUGGUGAGAAGACCGCCACAGCGGCAGGGUCCAGCCACAGCAGGCCCGGCAUCCCGGUGGAAGGCAGCCCCGGGCGGAACCCAGGUGUUUAACUGCUCACUAGGCAGCCCCAGAUCUGGGGAACAGAUGAGCACGUGGGGAGCUGGACUGAGCUGAGCAGAAGCUUCGUGCCCGCCUGCCCCCAUCUCCUCCAGGCCACGUUUUAGAUGGCCCUUGUAGAUGCGGGUCCUGGGUGUCCUCAGAACUAGACAUCAGUGCCUGGAUCGUUCAGCCGGUCCUGCCCUCCUUUAGGAGACAGGAGUCACCAGGGCACAGCCCUCCAGGCCCGCGUCACGAAGGAAGGAAAGGAAUGCCAUCAUCUCUAGUCCCCAGGGCCCAGCCUUCCCCUUCUCCCCCGAGGCUGGGACCGUGUGGCGUAUUCAGAUUCAGACCUCUUCGGGCCGAGCCACCUUGUGAGUGCAGUUACUGCCUUUAUGUGGCCGUGACCUGUACUCGUUUGCUUUUAAUUUGCCAACCUGUCGCUGCUGGCAGCACUUUUUGAGCAGGCCGAGCGCACCCAUUUUGGCUGGGGGUUCAAAUCGAUGGCCUUGUCCAUGGCGUCCUUUCUGGCUUCCCUAACAGUGUCAUGUUUCAGAGCAUGUGCCCCAGCCUUUCCCAUGUGCCAAACCAGAAGCUCCGCUGCCCAUAGGCUGUCCCUGUAGCCCUGCACCCUCCCUGGAGGCUGCUCUUCUGAUCCUGAGAGCUGGCCGGUGCUGAGGGCUCCUUUCUGCUUCUCUGCCCACCUGCUGAGUUGCCACCCACAGCGUUGUCAGUUCCUGUGUUCUGAGAAGAGGUCACGCCUGGGAGGAAGGGAUCGUCAUGCUGCAUCGAAUCUUCUCUCCACUGUGUGGCCCCCGGGAGUGUAGCUGCCUGUUGCACCUGCUCCGCACCUCGCCACGGCCUCCCUGCAGGUGCUGUGCGGCUGUGAUGUGCAGAGAGCAGCGAGGGAGGGUUUAGGAACCAGGUGGAUCCUCUUUUAAAAAAAAAAAAAAUCAGUUUUUGUUAUAUCUUUAGAACAUUUCAAGUCUUUUCGUUUUUUUCUGUUCCUAGCUGUGGGGUUUUAGAGAAGUGGGAACAGGAAGGCAUUUGUCUUUUUCUUCUAAUUUACUACAUUUUCCUUCCGUAGUUCUUCAGCUGUGUGGAAACGGGCAUCACAGGACAUAGGAUCAUAGAUUGGGUAGGGAGGGAGGAGGAUUUCUGGAACUUUUCUCAAAGGAAUUUGGACCCUUAAAAAUGGGACUGAAGGUCAAAAGAACAGUGGUAUGCUUGCUUAGAAAUUGUCCUCAAGGAAUCAACUGUGAGAGCAAGCCCAGUUUGGAAACGGAUGCAUUAAAAUCCUGUCUCCAGAAAA